AUCACCAUGCUGGAGAAGUUGUGGUUGUGUCAGAGAAAAAGAAGAAAAACACAAGGAUAAGAAAAAAAAACUAGAAAAUAAGAAAAAAAAAUAUAUAAAAAAGGAAAAAGUAAAUCCAUAACUUCAGAAAGUCAAUUUAACAUUGUAUUUAAAAAGUGGAAUAUUUUUCAUUUCGAGGCUCAAAAUUGGUUAGCGGUGUCAAUUUUUCAGCAUUAGAAAACGGAAAAAACUGUUUUGGGCUCUCCUCUCAGUCCUAACUACGAGUCAUCUUCACCGUCAAAAUCCAGUGUCCAAUCCAAGCUGUGAUCUCCAAAAAACCAACAAUGGAGCUUCACUACUACAGUCAUCGGAACCAAUCCCACAGAGCAGCUCUUGCUGCUGUUUUUCUUCUUCUCUUUCCUCUUUUUUUCCCCAAUCUCUUCCAACCCUUGGGUCGCGCUUCGCCUUCCUUGUUCUCUGAGUGGAUUUCUCCAAGACCAAGGCACCCGAUUUUGCUAGAAAGUGCUUUGCAUCAUAUCACGACAUUAGAAGACCAGAGAGAGAUAUGGUCUCCAUUGCCAAAUCAAGGAUGGAAACCUUGUCUGAAGCCUACAAGAACGGAAUUAUCACCAACAAAACCUCAAGGUUACAUUCAAGUGUUCUUAGAUGGAGGAUUGAAUCAGCAAAGAAUGGGGAUCUGUGAUGCAGUUGCUGUUGCCCGAAUACUGAAUGCAACAUUGGUCAUACCUCAUCUUGAAGUUAAUGCUGUUUGGAAGGAUUCAAGUUCAUUUGGAGAAAUUUUUGAUGUCGAUCACUUUAUUGAUGUCCUGCGUGAUGAUGUAUUAAUAGUCAAAGAACUGCCUACUGAAUACUCCUGGAGCACAAGGGAAUACUAUGCUACUGGAAUCCGCAAUACUAGAAUUAAAACAGCUCCCACCCAUGCUUCUGCAAACUGGUACUUGGAAAAUGUCUUGCCCGUACUGAAGAGCUAUGGGAUUGCUGCUGUUGCUCCAUUCUCUCAUCGUCUGUCUUUCAACGACUUGCCUACUGAGAUUCAGCAUCUGCGUUGUAAAGUCAAUUUCAAGGCAUUAGCUUUUGUUCGUGGCAUCACUGAAUUAGGAGAUACCAUUGUCAAUCGCCUUCGUUACCCUUCAAAACGAAAGGAAAUAGAAGGAGCUGAGAAUCUGCUAGCAGAUGAGACAAGAAAACUGGAACGUGGGAAAUUUGUUGUAUUGCAUCUCCGAUUCGAUAAGGAUAUGGCUGCUCAUUCAGCUUGUGAGUUUGGUGGGGGCAAAGCUGAGAGACUGGCUCUUGCAAAGUAUCGUCAAGUGAUUUGGCAGGGAAGGGUUCCUAACUCACAGUUCACUGAUGAAGAGUUGAGAUAUCAGGGUCGUUGCCCAUUGACUCCUGAAGAGAUAGGAUUGCUGCUAGCUGCUUUGGGGUUUAGCAAUAGUACACGCGUCUACCUUGCUAUACACGAGGUUUAUGGUGGGGAAGCAAGGAUCUCAACUUUGCGCAAAGUAUUCCCGCUGCUGGAAGAUAAGAAGAGCCUUACCUCUCCCUUGGAACGUGCUGGUGUAGCAGGCAAAGCAUCAUUGUCAGCUGCUGUUGAUUAUUAUGUGAGCAUGUACAGCGACAUCUUCAUUUCUGCCUCGCCUGGAAACAUGCACAAUGCUCUGGUGGGACAUCGGGCAUACUUGAACAUGAAAACUAUAAAGCCAAACAUGGUACUGUUAGGUCAGUUGUUCCUCAAUAAGAGCAUGGAAUGGUCAGAAUUCAGGAAGGUUGUUCUCACUGGACAUAAAAAUAGACAAGGACAGAUCAGGUUAAGGAAAGAGAAGCAAUCCAUAUACACUUAUCCUGCUCCUGAUUGCAUGUGCGCUAACGUUUGACCAGAUAUGUAGAUUUUUUUUACCGUGCUCCAAGUUUCGAUUUCAAACGUUAUACAGUUUAUUUCAUUGGGAAGUCGGUCGGUUUAAAUCUAUAUACAUUAAAGAUUCCCAAUAAUGAAACAUUUAUCUUCAUUGCA